AGUGAAUGAUGCAGCUUUUCAUUCGUUUUAGUUGAGACCAAUUACACAACCGAUCGAAAGAAUCAGUCGAAUUUCUCGGAGUGCUUUCAGUAGUACACGUAGUUUUUACAAAGUGUGAAAACGAUCCCGACAAUUUACAACAUAUUUGUAACCAGGUUUCACAGAUACGAAGCGCAAAAAUUCCGGUAACCCAAAAUGUGGUGGCGUUAUUUCCUGGCGGUAACCAAUGAGUACAAAAUUGUUCGUGGUAUGCUAUUUUAUUCAGCCCUGUGGCCCACUGGAUGCGUUCUGCAGCAAACCGUUGGUGAAGGUCGACACCUCAGUGAUUUAGACUGGAAGCGUUGCAUCAGAUACAGCUUGUACGGGACCUUCGUGUCGGCUCCCAUGCUGUACUCCUGGAUGCGUCUGGCCAAUAUGAUGUGGCCUCGAACCGAUUUCCGGUCCUCGAUGAUCAAGGCUGUCACCGAGCAGGCUGCCUUCGACCCGUUUGCGAUCGCGUUCUUCUUUUAUGGGAUGAGCAUUCUGGAGCGUAAAAGUCCGCAUCGAGCCGCUGAAGAGGUUUCGUCCAAAUUCUGGGACACCUACAAGGUGGGCUUCUGCUACUGGCCGGUGGUGCAGACGCUAAAUUUCUCCCUGGUACCACCCAGGAAUCAAAUUCUGGCCGCCGGGGUGUUCAGCCUCAUCUGGACCACCUUUCUGGCCUUUGUCAAACACUUGUCACCCGAAACCAGUCCCAUUCAGCAGCUCAAAGAACCGAAAUCGCGGUUGAAACCGCUGUGAGUGAAUUGUACAAAAUUGUAGUUGUGUUGCAAUGUGCUAGUCUCAUUUUGUAAUGAAAUCCUUUAUUUUAGUAUGUAUUUAUUGUGAUAAUAAAUCAAUUGACAAUAACCGGUUCGUUCAUCUGCGAACGUAAUGCCCUAGGUGUAAA